CGAUGCCGGAACAUUCCGACCCCUGACACAGCCUCUAUUCACACGCUCCACCUCUCUGAAGCACUGACAUCUUGUCCACUACGAUGAAGCACACUCUCACAGACGCCAAUUUUCCACGCACCGCCGAUCUCCGUGUUUAUCAUCUGGGUCUGCGUCCUGGCGAGAUCGCAAAUCGCAUCGUCACUGUCGGAUCCCCAUCCCGUGCCCGGUCAAUCGCUGUUCAUUUCGACGCCAAACCCGAGCCGUUCGAGCUCUCCUCCGAGCGUGGAUUUCUUACCAUCACGGGGAGAUACAAGGGAGCCCCCGUGUCUGUCGUCAGCAUCGGCAUGGGUCACCCCAACGUCGACUUCUUCGUCCGCGAGGUGCGUGAGUGUAUCAGUGGUGACAUGCUCAUUAUCCGAUUGGGCUCCUGCGGAGGACUCAUUGACAUACCGGUGGGAUCUGUCGUCAUUCCAAAGGACUCGGUAGCUGUUGAACGGAACCUCGACUACGAUUACGUCCAACCCAGCAACAACACUACCGAGCAGCCGUACAGAGUCAGCAAACCGGCCGUCGCAGAUCCAGUAUUCCAUGAGCAGGUUUUCAAAUCUCUUUUAGCUGCGAAACCGGCGGAAGACAAGGGAGAAAUCGUAGCCGGAAGCACAAAUGCAUCUGCUGACAGUUUCUAUUCCUCACAAGGCAGACAAACUUCAUUCCCAGAUCAGAACGCGCACCUCAUCGGGCACUUGCAAGCGUCGGUCCCCGGUUUGGCUACGUUCGAGAUGGAGACUUUCUGGCUGUAUCACCUGGCGGCUUGUUGGUCGGGUCGCAAAGAUCUGAUUGUGGAUGCCGAGACGCCACCGCUCGCCACUGGGCCAGUGAAGCCCUCGGCAACCGCUCCUUCGCAGCCGAGCUCGGGAGGUGCUGCGCUCGCCGGACAUGAUACUGUCAUUCGAGCUGCAGCGGCGCACAUGGUGUUCGCCUCUCGGACCUCGCAGGACUUUAUCACGCCCGAACAUGUGGGCCGGCUGGAAGCGUGGACGGGAAAGGGCGUUCUCGACGCGCUCGCGGACAUGUCGAUGGCACCUGAGCGACUGCACCCUCAAGAAGAGAGCGUAUGGAAAUUAUAGAUACUACGACUAGAAUGAAGUCCAGAGGACAGUCUCCACGCCCAUAGCCCGGAGUGAUUCCGCGUGAUCUUCGUCGAUUAAGGCACAUCCCACAAUGCGAACAUGCCGGAGCCGUGCAGGCAGGUUCUGGUCCAACUCUUGUUUGUUCCCGACCGCCUGUCUCGGAAGCUUCUUCAUCGGCCGCGCCUUGGGCUUGAUAAAUUGGAGUCUGCGGGACUGGGAGUUCAGGGCACUGUGAGCCCCAUUGCGCAUCGAUGCAAUGGCUAUGAGAGGGAGCACAUCAACAUCUGAGCAGCGCCACAGCUCGAUAGAAUCCAGAUGAGAACAGACCCUGGUAAUGCUACCAGAAACAGCCGAGAGUUGAUACAGGCAUUCAAAGAGCUUGCCGACGCCGAGACAGUUAUCGAGAGUGAGCGAAACAAGAUUCGGCAGAUAACCCAACAUGGCCUCCGCUUUGCCCAGUUCCGCCGAUAUCUCGAAGUGGCAGAUGGUGAGAUGGGUCAGUCCUGGUAGGCGCGGGUCUCUGAACAUCGACUCCAAUCGAGGAAAGGUGGGUAGCGCCUCCUUGGCCCUGUUGCGGCCGCUCUGAAUGGAACCGCUCACGUGACCGAUGUCGAGUUUCUCGAGCACCGGAAACCCGAACUUGCGCAGGACACUGCCUACAGUCUCCUCGUUCAGACAUUGCAAUGUGAUCUCGCGCAGAUUGGAGAGCUCGAUGACGCGGUUUUGAGCGAAAAGUUGUGAUGCUGAGUGGUCAGAGUAACCUCGCAAGAGGGCGACAUUGUUCCGGACGAGAGGAUACUCGUCCACGUCAACAUCAAAACGCUCGAGAGCCGGGAUGACAAAGAACGAGAGAAAAUAGUGAAUGUCACUUGCGAACGGAUAGGACCAUUGCAGCGAGCGCAGAUGCAGCAGUACAACUGGCUUUACCCGCACGUGAUUGGCUGAGAUCUCAACGGCAUCCUCUCUAUCCAGCGUGACAUCCAUGAACGGACAAGUGUCGAGGAGAAUAAGUUCCUCGAGCCUCGGAGUACAUCCGAGGAAGCGAACGAGCUGUGACAUGCGAAGCACGUAGGAGGUCGAGCCCUCCACCAGUAUCUUCUUCGGAGGGAACUCGAGCUCGAGAGUGAGCAAUUUGGGAAGGAAAUGACUGGGGAUGUUGAAUAAAGGGAGUUUGGUGAGGCGGAGGAUGGUCAAAUGCGAAGAUACCGGCGCGGGUUCUCGUAGCUGGGUUGGUAGAAGAGUAGGCAGGAGGAGGGAUGACGCGGCGAUCGCGUCUAUGGAAAGAUCGAGACUUUCGAGCGCUUUGAAGGCGUGGUUUGGUCGUGUGAGCACGCUGAUGAACUGCUGCAUGGCCUCGGUCCCUUGGGAGUGAAAGACGAUGCUGCGCAUCCGCUCAAAAUCGACUUCCACGUGUUGGAGCAGUUUCAAGGCUCGCCGAUGCUCGUGACCAUCAGGCAGGUUGUGUGGUGGGGCGAAUAUAACCGACAGAGGGGAUCUGCCCGACCGUGCGACGAACGUGACGAUGGGCCGGGCGUUCCAAGCCUCGCCCUGAACGCAAAUCCGUAUCCACAGCUGCGACGUGCUGAGCGCGAUAGAGCGCCACCGAGAGCAUACGUGCGAGAGCGUGACAGGCUCCCGGUGGUACACCUCCGCGGGGUGACCCGAGCCACUCUCCACGAACGCGAGAAAGAUGUGGAUGAUCAGCUCCGGAGGCAACCAGUUGACAGGCUGACGUUCUGUCUGAAGCUCCUGCUGUCUUGCUUCCAAAGCCCGCCUCUCCGAACCCGUCGACUCCCUCAAUCGGCGCAUCUCGUGCAAGAUCCUCUCGAACUCCAGUUCCUUCAUGCGGAGAACCAUGAGCUUGGCGUCCACGAUGCGUGCUUCUUCGUCGAUCUCCUCUUUUCUUCGGCGCGCCAUUUCGUCGUUGGCGUGAGGAGGUGGUGGUCAGAGGCGGAAUCGUCGCCAAACCCGUCACGCCGAAAUUCGAAUGCCACUGUGUGACAGAGCGCGUCAAGCGUGGUGGCUAUGUGAUGCCAUUCCCCUUUCUGUUUCUUCCUGACGACAAACGUUACGUACUCAUUGGGAUCAUAACGUCGAAGAAGACGCGAAAUCAUCUGCAUUUCGUUCUGAAGUUUUGGCAGAUGCAAGUAUCGCAGGACUGGGCAUCUGAAAAAUGGACGGAUCCCGAAUCAGAGUGGAACGAUGCCUACUUAGAAGAAUUCUUUUGCGCGGGCAGAAGAAGAGAAAUGUUCUGCGGUGAUUCUUCA